UUGAACUACCAGCCGUAUUUCGACACCUUGGAAGAGCUGUUCACUUUCCACAAAGAAAAGAAGCUCAUUUUCGACAAGAAAGUGAGUGAUCUUGCAGCCAACACGAAUGGCACCGCUCUCAUACCUGGCUUGAAGGGGUACCGAUUGACAGAUAUUGUAAGAGCCACCAUUCUGUACGACUCCAUCCCUGACAUGUACCACGGGUUGCAGGCUAUCGACAAGGACGACAGCCUGCGAAUCAUCGAGUUCAAUGACAGGUAUCAAGAGCAUCUCGACAGUGGCUACCGAGAUCUUCAGCUGGCUGUCAGCAUCAAUGACAUGGUCUGCGAACUACAGCUCAACACGCAUGUCAUGGCCUUCGUGAAGGAGCACAGUGGCCAUCGUGGUUUCGAGGUAAAGCGCGAGCUCGUGGCGGCAAUAGCGCAGUCUGAUGCUGGCAGGUGCAGCGAGAUCCUGUUCCUGGGUCGGCACAGCGUUGUCGCGGAUGGCCCUGAUCACUUAAAGGACAUCCUGGACGAUGACCGCCAGCCCGUCCUGCAUCAGGUCCGCCAGAUUGGUUCUGGGCUUGCAGGUUACACGAUACAACUAGAUUGA